AUCGCCCCAUAGUUUAAUCCUCCAUCAGCAGUCGGUGCUGUCAGUCUGAACCAUGGGCUGCCGCUCAGCUCUAGCCUGGCCUCUCCGCCUCCCUGCGCUCUCCACCCGGACACUGAGAGCACUGCGACCCGAGGCCUCCUCCGCAGUCUGGAGCAGGAGGAACCUGAACGUCCCAGCGGCCAGUAGGCAGGAGGGGAAGCUGAAGACAGCCGCUGACCUGCCGGGGCCCAGCUGGUCCACCACUCUGUACUGGCUGUUUGUUAAAGGAUACGCUGACAGGGGCCACUUACUGCAGUGUUUACAGAAGAGACUGUAUGGGCCCAUCUGGCGCUCCAGGUUCGGUCCCUUCGACAUGGUCAACGUAGCGUCUCCAGAGCUCAUAGCUCAGGUGAUCCAGCAGGAAGGCCGCUACCCGAUUCGAAUCGAACUGCCUCACUGGAAGGAGUACCGGGACCUGAGGGGACAGGCGUACGGCCUGCAUGUGGAGACAGGGCCAGAGUGGUACCGGAUCCGCAGCGUCCUGAACCCCAAGAUGCUGAAGCUGCAGGAGGUUUCAGCCUACGCCCCCGUCAUCCACCAGGUGGUGGGAGACCUGCUGGGACGGGUGGAGCUUCUUCGCAGUCGCAGUCCAGACCGGGCCACAGUUCGUAAUCUGGCAGCUGAGCUCUACAAGUUUGGCUUUGAAGGUAUUUCUGCUGUCCUGUUUGAGACCAGGCUGGGCUGCCUGCAGGAGGAGAUCCCCGAAGACACGCUGCGCUUCAUAGCUGCUGUCAACAACAUGCUGACGCUGUCUGACAUUGUUAUCCUGAUGCCAUGCUGGAGCCGCAGCAUCCUCCCCUUCUGGAAGCGCUUCGUCCAGGCCUGGGACGACCUUUACGAUGUAGCUCAGAAACUGGUGGACAGAAGAACGGCUGAACUGAAAGCUCAGAUGUGCAGCGGGGAGCCUGCAGAGGGCAUGUACCUGACAUACCUGCUGUCAUCCGACAAGCUGAGCCGAGCUGAAAUCUACAUCAGUGUGACGGAGCUGAUGCUGGGAGGGGUCGACACGACAUCUAACACCCUGUCCUGGGCGUUGUACCAUCUAGCGAGAGACCGCAGGGUUCAGGAGCGCCUGCACAGAGAAGUAGAGUCUGUCUGUCCUGACGAGCAGCAGCCGACCACGGGCGACCUGAGCAGGAUGCCGUACCUGAAGGCCGUCAUUAAGGAGACGUUACGCCUGUAUCCUGUGGUGCACGGAAACGGGCGCUUCGUUUCAGAGAAUGAGGUGGUGGUGGACAACUACUGGUUCCCCAAGAAGACCCAGUUCCACCUGUGUCACUAUGCAGCCGCCCACGAUGAAGCCGAGUUUACCAAAGCGGAGGAUUUCAUCCCGGAGCGCUGGCUGAAUGUGGAGCCUCCCAGCAGACACGCCGGCAGAGCCAAUCCGGGCUUCUACCAGCACCACCCCUACAGCUUCAUCCCGUUUGGAGUGGGCGUGCGGGGCUGCGUGGGGAAGAGGCUGGCAGAGAUGGAGAUGCACUUCGCUCUGUCCAGGCUGAUCCAGCGUUAUAAGGUGGAGCCGGAAGACGGAGCGCCGGUCGUGGAGCCCAAAACACGAACUCUGCUCAUCCCUUCAGAACCCAUCAACCUGCGGUUCCUACCACGAACCUAAAGGUUACCAGGAAGCGACGACAUCUCUUCUAAAAACCUAGAUGCAUAAAGUCUGGGCCAAACGCUCACAUUCUGCUCGCUGCCCUGCAAAUGGAGAAGCACAAAUACAGCAAGUUACCAUGAGGUUUUAAUAAACAGGGUUAAAUACCAGUGUUAGAAAUAGGACAGCAUCACCUCUUCAAAGGCGCAUACUGUUUAUGUAAAUCCUGCACAAACUAAAUUCCACUUCAUCUCUAAUGAUGCUUUAGAUUGGCAGACAUUAGCUUACACUCAAACCUUUUUUUAAAGAUGGUGUUAGUGUUGGUGGGCUUUAUUUUUUAGGUCAGCUGACAGGAAAUGGGGUUGAGAGGUGGGGAAGACUGGGUUUGGGACUUUAUGAAGACACGGCAGCGUUCAGGACCAAGGCCUGCCGUAGGAAGAAUGGCUUAUGCAGCAUUCCAUUCCACUCCCUGCAGCUUUUUCCUUACUGUACCCGAUAUCCUGGCCAUUAAGGAGACAGACCGCAAGCUUACAGCACCAUAGAGUU